CCGUCUUCCCCUCUGAAAGCGUAGCCUAUGUAUAAUCGAGCGAAAGGGCUGGUUUUGGGACCUUCAUCGAACCGAAAGUCAGACUUCUGAAUCCGACAUCACUACCAGCACAGAAAAGCACAAUGACUGCCAAAAUCUUUCUUACAGGGGCCACCGGCUAUAUUGGAGGUGAUGCUCUGUACCAAUUAUACAAGAAAUAUCCCGACUUCGAAUACGCCCUCCUAAUCCGUUCGGAUGACAAGGCGAAGAAUGUCCUUGAGAAGUAUCCUACAGCCCGGAUUGUUCUCGGCGGCCUCGAUGACUCCGAGACCCUUGAGCGCGAAGCUUCGUGGGCAGAUAUAGUCAUCCACACCGCCGACUCAUCAGACCACGCGGGCGCCGCAAAUGCCAUCUCCAAGGGUCUUGUACACGGGCACUCGCCUUCCCGUCCAGGAUUCUGGCUGCACACUGGCGGUACUGGAAUCCUGACCUACUUCGAUUCCGAGGUGAAGAAGGUGUUUGGAGAGUUGGACGAAAAGGUCUUCAACGAUUACGAGGGCAUUGAAGAGCUCGUCAACUUGCCGGCCGCCGCCUUCCAUCGCAACGUGGACGAGAUCGUCCUCAACACCGGUAGAAAUCACGCCGACUCGGUCAAGACGGCGAUUGUCUGCCCGCCAACGAUCUACGGCGAGGGACGCGGGCCCAUCUCUGGCCGCGGGCGACAAGUCUACGAGCUCGCAUUCUUCAUCCUGAAGCAGAAGUAUUCUCCUCGCAUCGGCAAGGGCCUCUCUCGGUGGAACAACGUCCACGUCCACGACCUCAGCAAGGUCUUCGAGCUUCUUGUGGGCGCUGCCCUAGACCCGUCCCGGAAAGACGACACCGAGCUGUGGGGGGCCCACGGCUACUUCUUCACCGAGAACGGGGAGCACGUAUGGGGCGAUUUGUCUAAGACCAUUGGCCAGGAAGCCCACAAGCAAGGCUUCAUCAAGGAUGCUGCUCCCGGGGUUCGAGAGUUGUCUUACGACGAGGCCGUCAAAUCGCCCGCAGGGUUUGAAGCGGCUAGCUGGGGUAUGAACUCGCGUGGUGCGGCUGUACGAGCAAGGAAGGUACUUGGCUGGAAGCCGCAGGAGAAGAGCAUUGAGGACGAGGUUCCGACCAUUGUCCGAUCUGAAGCAGCAAGGGCUGGGCUUAGAUGAUGUUUUCUGAGGGGUAUAUCAUUCUCAAUCGGUGGAAUCCUUUUGCAAGCGGUUCGCAAAUUUUCAAUGAGCUGUGGGAAGAAGCAGCAUGACUCACAGCAGAUACAUUUAUUUAUAUGAAUGAAGGAGGCAGACCUGAUGGACGC